AUGCCAGCUGGAAAGUUAUCAGUUUCACCAUUGACAAUUCAUGGACUCGCCCAAAACGGGUUCCCUACAUCACAAACGUUUGUAGGCUGUUAUGUUUCUCCGUCUGAAAAGCAGAGAACCAACUCUGCAAGUGGUCCCGAACCACAUUACCAAGAUACAUUGACUUGUCAAGUAAAUGAACAAGAUCAGACCUUGCACCUUGAUGUAAUAAACGAGGAUCCCGCUCGUCCUGGGCCUAUUGGUUCAGCUCAGGUUCCAUUGUAUACAGUCUUUGAAUCGAGAAAGUUUGAAGAUUGGGUUCCUCUUACAACAACUGCAGGCGGUCCUCUUGGUCACAUCUAUAUGAGACUUUCAUUCGAGCCAUCAUCCACUCAGGAACAGCAAACUGCAAGUCCUUACGGGUUACCUCCUCCACCUCCCAUUCCAACCAACUUGCCACCUUCAUACAACGAGGAACAUGGCCAAGCUGAAGAACGUAAAAUCGAAGUUCCCCAUACCCCAAGCCAUGAACAGCCCGUAAGACAAGAUUCUACAUCUUCGCUUGGCCCUGAAUCGCCUAUGCCUGCUCAGUACGGUAUGGGUCAAGCACCUUAUUUCCCUCCUCAACAGCCCAUUCGCUAUAAUUCUCAACCAUCCAUGCCUGGAGGAGAUUCUCACUUGCCACCACCCGUGUAUACACCACCUGUGGCUGGCGUACCCCCACCUGUUGCCACUCCCGAGCCUGUAGCUACACCAUCUCCUGUUGUGGUUGAUACACUUAAACCUGUCACUGUUGAUACACCUACUCCUGUUAUGCCACCUAAGAAGAAGGGCGUGCCUAAUUGGAUGAAAUAUGGUGGUGCUGCGCUUGCUGGUGCUGCAGCAGUUGGCCUUGGUAGCUGGGUAAAGAGCUCUUUUGAUUCGGAUGAGGAUGAAGAAGAAGAGCGCAAGAAGGCUGCUUAUGAGCAACAUCAGAGAGCAAUGGAAGAAGAACCUUAUAGAUCAGAGAGCUUCCGUGACGGACCUCCACCAGAGCAAUAUCACAGAGCAUAUGUGCCAGAGCAAGAGUCCUUUGUAGAUGCUGAAGAGCGUGAAGAGGAGGAGGAAGCACAAGAAGAAGCAGAGGAAGCAGAGGAAGCAGAGAGAGAAGAGGAAGAGGAGGAAGAGGAGGCUGAAGAAGAGGAGGCUGAAGAAGAAGAGAGUGACAGACCAGUUAUCAAUGACUCCAAAUGGCGUUAA